AUGUGUGUCAACAAGAAGCAUUUUGGGGUUGCCCUUCUGGCUCCAAGUCUUGUUACUGCCAGUUCUAUGAAGAGUCUUCUCUCCAAGCGGGAUGCCUCGACUUACGAGCAAAAUGCUAUCUGCACCGCGGCUGAUCACAUUUCACCGGUUAGAGACCAACUGCUCCGCUCCUACUCAGUGAAUGACACUGCCCUCUUCGGAAAAGACCUCUGGUGGCAAUCGGGAAACUUCAUCUCUGCAUUGGCAACAUUUUACCAGCUCGACCCAGACUACGGCUCCAUCCAUAAUGAUAUCUUCGCUAAGACCUUGUCCGAAGCUCCCGGUUACGGUAACUACGUCAACUUCUUGAAUGGCUGGUAUGACGAUGAAGGUUGGUGGGGAAAUGCAUUCUUGGAUGUAUACGAUUACACCCAAGACAGAGCAUAUUUGAACCAGGCCAUUACCAUCUAUAGUGAUAUCGUCGGUGGAUUGGGAACACCAUGUGGUGGGAUUUGGUGGGACAAGGCGAAAACAUAUGUUUCUGCCAUUUCAAACGGUCUAUACACCGAACUUGCAGCUGGUCUUGCCAACCGUGCGGGAGAUUCGAGUUAUCUCGAGAAUGCGGAGGAGAAUUGGAACUGGUUCUUCAGCUCUGGCAUUGUCGGAUCUGAUCACAUAGUCAGAGACGGAUUGCAAUCUAGCAAUGGUUGCUCACUUAACGGCAAUGUUUUCACGUACAAUCAAGGAGUCAUUCUCGGCGCAGCAGCUGAACUCUAUAAGGCAACCGGCAACAGGACCUACCUGACAACAGCGGCAGCGCUUGCCGAUGCUUCUACUGCUUCAGGCUCUGCUGUGACCAGCAGCAGUGGCAUCUUGACUGAGGGCUGUGAUAAAAGCAGCAAUUGCGAUACGACCGCUCAAAUGUUCAAGGGCGCUUAUAUCCGAGGAUUGAGGAAAUUGCAGCUUGUCGACCCGGAGACUGACUGGCUGAACUAUAUCACUGCAAAUGCGCAGAGUAUUUGGAAUAAUGACCUCAAUGUUGAGAAUGUCAAUGGUCAGUCGGAGUGUAUCGUCGGCUCUGCUUGGGCUGGUCCUUUCAACAGCGAUCAGGCCACCGUCGUUACUCAGGGAGCAGCACUAGAUGCUCUCAAUGCCGCGCUUGCGACCACUCGGUAA